AUGUCAUUAAUACAUGAUAUAAUAAUAAUUGGUGGUGGUAUUGUAGGAUUAGGAGUUUUUCGUCAAUUGACAUUGAAUGGUUAUAAAGAUGUUUUAUUAUUAGAUAAAUCUUCACAAAUAUUAACUGGUGCAAGUUCUGGUAAUAGUGGAAUAUUACAUACAGGAUUUGAUACAAUACCAGAAACUUUAGAAUCAAAAUUAGUCAAACGUGGAUAUGAAUUGUACCAAUCGUUUGCUCAAGAUAUCAAAUUACCAAUUAAAAAGAUUGGUGCUUAUAUUAUUGCAUGGAAAUCAGAUGAAUUAGAAACAUUAAAACAAAUUCUUGAUACUGCACAUAAAAAUGGUGUGACUGAUAUAGAAGAGAUAUCACCUACUACUUUAUAUGAACGUGAACCUCAUUUACGUGCUAAUGCUUUAAAUGCUCUCUAUAUUCCAGGUGAAUGUAUAGUUGAUCCACUUACAUUACCUUUAAUUUUAUAUAUGCAAAGUAAACUAUUAGGUGGAUAUGUACAAAUGAAUACAGAAAUAAUCAAUGGUAAAUAUGAUUUAGAAAAAAAAUAUUGGCUAUUAAAUGAUGGACAAUUUAAAAGUAGAAUAGUUAUUAACUGUGCUGGUUUAUAUGGUGAUUAUAUUGAACAAAUUCGUAUCAAUCAACAAGUUUCUUCAACAUCAACAUUUACUAUUCAACCACGUAUAGGACAGUUUUCAGUUUAUUCAUCAUCUAUAUCUGAAUUGCCUAUAAAAUCAAUUAUUUUACCAUUACCAACAAAAUUUACUAAAGGUAUAAUUAUAUAUCCAAAUUUAUUUAAUCAAAUCAUUAUUGGACCAACAGCUGAAACACAACAUGAUCGAUCUCAAGCACCAAUUAAAUCUGAUAUAAAUAAUAUAUUAUAUAAUAAAAUCAAUGAAUUGAUACCAACAUUUUCAAAAUUAAAUUAUCAACAUAUUGGAUCAUAUACAGGAAUACGACCAGCUACAGAAUAUUCUGAUUAUCAAAUACAUUCAUAUAAUGAUUUACAAUGGAUAUGUUGUGGUGGAAUACGUUCAACAGGAUUAUCAUCAUCAUUAGCAAUAGGAGAAUAUAUAUGUAAUAAAUUAAAUGAAAUGAUUAAUAUCAAACAUGAAAUUGUUUGUGAAGGAUAUUCAUCGGAAAGAUACUAUCAAUCAUUAGAACAAUUAAAAUCAAUGUUUAGUUUGACAUUAAAUGGAUUACAACCGAAUUUAAUUGUAAAUGAAUCAAAAGUUUUACCAACAAUAACAGGUGAUAUAAAAUUAGGUGAUAAUAUGAAAUCAUUAAAUUUAAAAAUAGAUUGUGCUGGUGAAAUUUUUGAUAUUUCACAUUCGUUAUUAAAAUUAGCAUGGAUAACAAAACGCUUAGAAUAA